AUGGUUAUUGCAAAUUUGGAUUCCGAUGCUGUCCUUGAUUUCACAAGUUCAGCUCUGAGCUACUACUCGAAAUGUCUAUAUGACGACUCGACGGUGUCAUCAGACUCUGGAAAGGAGCUCUCCACGUCAAUCUUCUACGAUGUCGUACAGGCUUUGGUGGCCCUUUGGACCUGUGUCUUUUCACUUCUCUAUUCCUAUGCCUGGCGUCAGCAUAGAAAGAAGUUCAUCUUGAGCAUUUUCUUCGUCGUUCCGACUGUGUUCACAGUAUGCUGCAUAAUAUCCGGUCUGCUGGCGACGAUAGUUGUGUUGGGACGGAUGUUCAGCACACCAAUCGCGUACAAAGAUUUCCUGAAUAUGCGUGAAAAGAUGCUGAAUCGACAAGAUUCGAUGGACUACGUGAAACGACAGCGAUCGUAUUCGGGAGCAUCGUCGGUGUCGGUGACUUCUGAGGACUAUCUGCCCAAGCCAUUGUGCCGACGACACUCAGCCAGUCACAACAGCCUGUGUUCCCGACCCCCAAGUGUGAAUCGUAAAUACAGCUACGCCUAUUCGCACUACAACGCUUGCGAUUCCGACCAGGACGAGCAGAACUAG